CUUGCUGUUCUUUACUCUGUCAACUUUCAGUGCUUGCUGUAGUAUAUUCAUUCAAUCCAAGGGCUCAGUGGGGACUGAAGUUUUAUGGGGGUGUCUUGUGUACUACUGUGGAUACAGGAUCUGAAACGAGGAUGAGACUGGAGUACAACUGCUGUUAAAAGAACUGGAAUCAAGGCUGUUACCACUGCUGUAAAUAGAAAUAAACCUGCGGCAACAGUAGAACCGACAUUGGACUACUACUGUUCAGCAAUACCAGGACGGGAAGCGCUUCAGUGGGAGGACGUGGGAUUAAGAGUGUGUAUGGCUUGCUGUUAGAAUAAUUUUGCCAUCUUUGACUAUAUGAAGCUUGGAUUGAGGUGACCAUGUCCAAUGAAGGAGACUAUGGAGGUCAGCCUUCCACAACAACCGUUAGUACUGUUGCAGUCCAAGCAGGGGAUUCACGGAUCAUUGUAGCAUUACUAAAGUGUGGAACACUGGUGCAGCUCCAGCUGGCUGAAUCCACACCGAAUCUGUUAGAGAUUGGAAGUAAUCAAGAUGAGACCAAGAAGCUACUUCAUGGACAUGAAGUCCUGUUGGCAAAACUCAAGGCACAUGAGAAUGGUGUUUGGAGCUUGCUGGGUGAAGCUGAUAAAACUGCAGAGGAAAACCUGGAUCAAGAACAGGUGUACGGUGCCAUGGCAACCACUCUGAGUGAGGCCUGGGUGGGUCUAAUAGACCUCUUGGAAAAGCGUAAGGAACUCUUACAUCUCGCUUUGGACUUUUUUGAAAGAGCCUUGGAAUUUGCCAUAAAAAUAGAUGAAGCAGAAGACUUCCUGCAAAAUGCCCAAGAGUUUCAGAAUGCAGAUUGUCUGAAGGAGCUUCUUCACAAGCACAGUUACAUGAAAAAAGUACUUUUAGAAAAAUCCAUGUCUCUUUUAAAGAAAAGCCAGGAGCUGCAGGAUUUCAUUAAAGACUUUAAAGUGGAUGAUCCAGCUAUAAACUCUGAAGCUAUUAGGGGUGCCCGAAGCAGUUGUCUAAAGAUUGAGAGUCUCCUGGAGAUGCUUCAGGAUAGACGAAGGCAGUUAAAUGAACAGCUAAAACAACAGCGUAUGGACCUGGAGCACAUUCUGGAAAUGUGCCACUGGGACCAACAGGAACAGGAAGUGACUAAUUGGUUGAAUGAACAUGCAGAAGUGUAUUUAGAAAGAGAUCAGCUGGGUUCAUCUUUGUCUGAAAAUGAAGAGUUACUUCAAGAGUAUCAAGAAUUUGAGUUAAAAGCCAAGGAGUGGAGCUUGUAUGUUGAAAGAUUAACAGCAAAAGCCAGUGCAAUUCUGAUGGCAGGAGAUUAUAGGGAUAAAGAAGAGGUGUUGGUCCGAAGUCAGAAAUUAAAGGCGCUGCACGAUGAGAUUUGGGACCUAAUGUUGGAAAGGAGAAAUCGCCUACAAGAUGCCAAUGCAUUUUUUAGUAGUGCCAACAAGGCAUUUAAUGUUCUGGGGAGCAUCGAGGGUGACUUGAAGCUGCUGAACGCUGAGUCCUUUAGCUUGCUUGAAUUAGCUAAAAGGCAGGAGGAACUGCAGAAAAGUAUAAAAGAAACUGCAGCAGAAGCUCUACAACAGGGGCUAAGCUUUCUAAAUAAAGCCAAGCCUCAAAGCUCCCAACUUAGUGGAAUUCAAAAGAUGACUGGUGACCUCCAGGGGAGAGUUGGCCAGCUCAUCAGCCAGUGUCAGGCUCACAAAGAGCUCGCAGUGAAGAAGCAGCAGCUCAUCACUUCCACUGAGGAUCACUUUGAUAAGGCAUUAAGUUGGGUAGAAAAAUGCAGCGCUUUACUUUCAAGUAACGUGGAACCCGGCUCAUGUCUCUCAGAAUCAGAGGAUGUACUCAACAAACAUUUGGAGUGGUCUCUCCAAACUAAGGAAGUAGUGAAUGAGUUGGAGGCUUUUCCUGAAAUCAUUACAGAGCUUAAAACAUUUGAAUCACCAGAAGUAACUGUGUUUUCAAAUAAAUCUUGCUUGCUAAAUGAGGAGCUAAACACUCUCAGCAGAAAUAUAAGCUCCAGAGUUGAAAUCAUGAAAGCUUAUGUGACAUUUUUAAAAUCUGCCAAGGAGGUUGACGAGCAAAUACAGAAUCUGGAAGAAUUCUACAGAUCCAAGCCUAUUGAAGAAGACCACGAAGAGAGCAGUAAACCCAUGAUGGAAAUAGCCGAUGCUAAAUGGCAAUCUCUUUUGGAAAGAUUUCUUACAGUGCAGGACUUGGGACAUAAUUUUAUCAAUUCAUCAAAUAUGGUAAGCGAAAGCAUGAAUCUAAAUGUGAAAGCAGCCUUGACUGUUGUGGAAAACACCAAAGAAGUUCUCAGUAAAAAGAAGAUAGCUCUAACAGAGCUUUGGACUACAUGGCAGCUUCAUGUGAACCAGCUGACAUCUGUGAAAAAGCAGUGGAGAUCGUUUAAAGAGCAACUUAAAAAGACUGUACAUGAUUUGAAGACCGUGGGGGAUGUUCUUGCACCAGUAUCCCAAGUUGAGUUGGGAAGUAAUCUUCUGGUUGCUACCCAGCUCCAGGACAAUUUCAACCAAGCAAAACCACAGUAUCAGCAAUUAAAUGCUAAGGUGGAGUACAUGGUUAAAAUAUCAGAGUUGCUGGCCUUAAAAGGAAUCCCUGUGAAGGAAAAUAAUGAGGUUGCAGAGCUUUUGCACAUCCAUCAGCGAGUGAAGGAGAAGAUCAUUGAGUAUGAAGCAGUCCUGAACAGGACUGUCAAGUUUCAUCAGCUCUUUGAUGAGUUGGAGAAUCUCUUGAAAUCAGAACCAGUGACUGCAUUCCACGAUAUUAGUCAAGCCAAGAUCCAGCUCAGUCAGCAUCAAGGGAAACAGACCCAUAUUCGACACCUUUGUAAACUGGCUAUUGCCUUAGGAGUGGAUGUUACCACUACUGUACAGCAAUCGAGCGCUCUGGGCUUUUCUGUGCAGCAGCUUCAGAAAAAGCUGGAGGCACUUGAGGCUGGGAGUGUCAACUGGAGCACAGAAGCAGACAAAUAUGAAGAAAACCUUCUGAGCAAUGUACAUUACUGUUCCGUCAAAGAGGAGAUCAGUGAGCUUAAGGAUUCGUUUAAAGACCUCAGGAAGAAAUUCAACAAUUUGAAAUUCAAUUAUAUGAAGAAAAAUGACAAGUCACGAAACUUGAAAGCUGUCAAAAACCAGAUUCAACAGGUUGACAUGUAUGCAGAAAAGCUUCAGAUGCUAAAGAAGAAAAUAAGUAACUUUGCAACAAACGUUUCUGCUGGCACUGAGAAGCAGCUCCUUGGGAGUAACCCCAGAGAAAUUGAGGAAGCUGUGAAUGAGCUUCAAAAACAGGUGGUCGAUUUCGAUAAGACAGUGGAGGAAUACAAGCAGAACCUGGACAUGUCUGUGCGUCUGCAGCAGGCCAUGGAGGAGUAUCAUUUUGAGUGUGAAGAAGCAAGUGCCACCAUCGUGCGCGUGAGAAAAUAUUCAUCAGAAUGCAAAACCAGAGAGGCAGUGGGCAUUCUUUACAAGCAGUUUGAAAAGUUUGUCUGGCCUACAGUGCCUCAACAAGAGGAAAGAAUUAACCAAAUCACAGAACUGGCUGUACGUUUACAUGGUCCUGAAGAAGGGAAGAAGUUUAUAGAGAAAACAGUUACCAAACACAAUGAAAUUCUGAAGUCUAUUAAGGAACUGUGUAGUGGUUUAAGAGAUCUUGAAGAAAAACUACAGGCUGAUGUUCUAAAGCAGACAUCUGAAUCUUCUGUGGAUUUGAAGGUUGAUAAUCAACAAAAUAGAAAAACAGAUAAAGCACAAAAUGGAAAAGGAGAGACAAGUUUCCAAGAAACCACAGAAAGGGUAGAACUGAAUGAAGAACCAAAUAGAUUAGCUACAUCUAAUAGCAUUAAGGAUGUACAUGACCAGACCUCAAGAAAUGGGAAUAGUAUGUUGGAUAAAAAGUCACCUGAGAAAGCUGAAAUCUGUAAAAAACCAAGAAGUCAGGAAUUAUCUGAGAAGAGAUCAUUUACAGAAGAAACUCAUUCUGAAACAAACACUGUCAGCAACAAAGUAGAGGAACAGAACUUCACCACAGUGCAGAGGCAAGAGCAGCAGCAGCUGAGCACAGUGUACUCCUCUUCACAAACUGUGCGUUUGUCAGCCUCUCCUAUUGAUCCAGGGAGAAGGAUAACUCCUCUUCAUCAGAUAGGGAACUGGGCUCAAGGCACCCAGACUUCAGCUUCCCCUGCCAGCACUGAGGUUUCAGGGUUUCCACACAUUCAGGAGGAAUUUAAAAGAAUGGACAAGCAAGGCUAUGGGCAUAGCACUAACAAUAAUGGAGAUACAGAGAAUGAUAAGACCAAAGAUGAAAACUUAUUGCACAGAGAAGAGUUGCCUCAUUCAGUGCCUGAUGAUUUCCUGCCGCAAGAUGAAGCAGCUAUACUUCUUGCUGCCACAGAUGGCAGUGGACUGGCUGAGGGGGACUUGCAAAAUGAGUUUCUCACUGAUGAAACCCUGUCUAUUGAUGAAUAUGAGUGCGCAUCUCCAGAUGACAUUUCUUUACCUUCACUCUCUGAGACCCCUGAAUCCAACAUCCUUCACUCUGAAACAGACCUCGAAGAUGGCUUUUGUCUCAGUUCUCACAGCUUGCAUGUCAACACAUUCAGCCAACAAACACAGUCACAAUUCGGCAAUAACAGAAGGACUGACAGCUUUGACUUCUUAACACCUGUUGCUGCUGUUGACACCCUAAAUCACAGACGAGAACAGGUUUCUAGUCAGUCUGAAAGCUAUCCUUCACCUACUGGGGGACUGUACUCUAAAUUUAAGUCUGAAUCAUCCUCAUUUGUUCGCAGUCCCUUGACAGUACCUGCACCUGGCAUUGUUUCUGAUACACUUUUUAGCAUAUUAAAAAGCAAACCUGCAAACAAUUCUUACAUGUCUGACACAUUCAGUGAAUGCCGCGAAACACACUAUGCUCUGCAUGAGAGUUUCACUGAGACACAAGAGUGUUUGCAAGACCCUAACAAAUGCAUUGCAAGUUCUGGCAGCCUGCAUGCUUCACCUGCCCCACUAACAAUAGAUCCUCUGGCCCAUAAAUCAGAACAAGGUUUCUGCAAGCCGACAACCAUUCGAGAGGAGAUAAUGCUUCCAUCGGGGACCAGAGCCAUGAGCAACAUAUCUGGCCAGGGCCCAAACUUCUCCAGGCUGUUGCCUAACACUACUGUAGUGGAAGGUUCCCCUGUGACCUUGGAAGUAGAAGUAACAGGAUUUCCAGAGCCUACUUUAACUUGGUACAGGAAUGGACAUAAACUGACCAAUGAUGAACACAUAGAACUUUCACAAAAAGAAGGCAAACACAGUUUAUUCAUUAAGAAGGUCACUGAUAGCGAUGUUGGCCUUUACGUUGUUCGGGCCAAAAACUCUAGCGGUACUCUGUCUUCUAGUGCAAUCCUGCAAGUGAAAGGUAACUGGCAACCCAAUUUCACGCACACGGUUAAUGUGGACUGGCUCACGUGUUGUGGUACACUUUGUGUCGUCUUGUGGUUAAUGUACCUGUUGUUAACUCAGUUACUGUCAUUUUGCACCACUGGUCUUGUUAAGCUUUUCACUUAAGAUGGACUGUCUUCAGAAUCAGUAUUAAAGUGUUGCACUUUGCACGAAAAUAACUAUUAUCUUCAAUCAAGAAAUAUGUAUUAAUAACAUUGAAUUGUAUUUGUAACCGUUGUUUCAUUGUUUUAAGUAUAUAAAAGACACUGAUGUGUUCAAACUGAUGUGUAAACCUUUUAAUGGAAAGAUUGCUUUCAUUAGCAUUUUAAUGGAAAAUAUAAUGCUGCACGACAGGGUAAAUGAGUUGCUAAUCCUGUUCUCGAAGCCUGUGAUAUAGCUGCCGAGCUUGCAACAAAAUAAAAAGGGAUCCAAAUGAUGGCAGAUGAAUGAAAAAAAAAGUUACCCACACCAUAUCAGAUUUUAAAAUAAACUUUAAACUUUAAAAAGAAUACAUAAUUAUUGUAGACCUGAUUUCAAAAUAUAGUAACCCAGGAUGAUGAAACUCAGCUGGGAUAUGUGGUGCUGCCAGUGCUAUUGUUACGGUUAGGGUGGAAAGUCGUGUUUAAAGAUGCUAUUUUAAGCUACUUUUUUUCAUCUGUUGUUUUUUUCCUAGUUCUAACUAUUAAAACAUGUUGUGCAAUUCUGCUUUAAUGAAACAGCUCACUCUGAAAGGGUCACUGCUUUACACAGAAGCAUUAUGGGAGGAAUAUGAACAACAAAGCUAAUGGUAGAAAAUGGAUGUUACUACACUUUGAUUCAACUGAUGACAUCACCAUGUAAAUGUAGUGUUUGAUACCUUCUGGUGCGACUGCAAUGCUUCUACUUAACCUGGCACUUAAGCAGUAAAUCUCUUAACAUGCUUAUAAUCUUUGGUAUAUGUCAAAAAAAGCUUUUAUUAUUUUUAUUUCCUCAAUAAAAUAUAGUAAAAAAAAAAAAAAAAAAAAAACAAAAAAACAAACAAACAAUAAAAUAACUCACGUGAAUUGUGCUUACACAAAACAUCUUUGCCUGCUGGCAGCUGCUGUCUUGUUUAUGAUGAAAAAAUAGCGCAAGGCAUCAUCAUGCUGGAGUUUCCCAUUCUGUCAUUCUUUAUAAGUUUGGUUUGCUUAUCUCCUGUAUUAUAUAAUCACCAAUGCAUGUCAGGAAAAAUGUCAUAUUUGUAAGUUGUUAAAUAGAGUAUUUGUUCUAUUCUCAAAAACUAUAUAUAAAAUAUCAUAUAUUUUAACACACCCACUGCAGUUUGAUGGCUCAGUUCUUUUACUGUUAUGAUAUAGCAUACCAUUAUGACAGCACGUUUGUAAAAAAAAAAAAAAAAAAAAAAAAAAAACUGAAUAUAAACUAUUACUUCAGCUUUUAUAGGAAAUUGUAGUAAAGGAAGACAGGUUAUUUAAGAUGGUGGGUGUGACAACUAAGUUAAACUACUGUAUGGUUUCAGGUGAUUGACCAUGGAAGUGGUUCUUUCACCCUAUUAAACAGCAUAUUAAAAAGCAGGCAACACUUCUUGCUUCAUGAAGCUUCACAAAUUUGUAAGGUGUGUUUUUUAUUCUAUAUUUAGGUAGACCCAAGAUGCUUCAGGCAGAUCUGUUGGUCUGCAUACGGUACAUACAAAUAUAAAGUGUUGGGGCACCACUUCUGUGACUGACUUCUUGCUUCUUAUCCAUGACAUUAAUAAUGAAAAAUAAUAAGGUAUUGUAAUACAGCAAAACCUGUCAAAUUCAGGCCCUCUAAAAACUGCCGUAUAAUUAAUCAUAAUCUGUGUCAUGACCCUAUUGAUUGUGGGAUACAAUCCAGCAUGAUUCGUAUGUCUUGUCUGCCUAAAAUCAAUGGAACACUGGCUGUGCAGACCAGCACCAAGUCAUGUAAUCUUUCUUUUCUAAGUUUAUAGUCAAGUAUGUCUCGUAAAUAUGUAUAUGUCAAACGGGUACAGCACAGCUAAAUCGAGACUCCUGAUAUCAUUGGUUGAUUGAAGUGAUUGAAGUUUAAAAUAAAAUUAUUGAUGUAAACUGGAAUUAUUCCACCUGUUGCUCUCCAUUUUUGUUUUUUUACAACCUUGAAGCAGCCAAUGAUAGCGCUAGCAGGGAUGGGCUUUUUAGUGAAUUGGAACCCCAGCCUUAACUAAACUAUGGGGACUGGUAUUUAAUUACAAUCAGCGAUAAUAAGCUCAGUUACCCUGCAAUUUUUGACAGAUCCCAGAGAUCCUAGAGCAUGUGUAUCUGCGUGCCAAUUACGUUUCAAAGCUCUUUUCAAAAUAGCCAUUUUCCUGCACUGGGGUUUGAGAUCUGUCCUCAAUCACUGCAGGAAGUGUGAUUUAAAAAAAAAAAAAAAACACAAUAAUAAAAACAUUUCAUUAAGUUACAGAUGGGAUAAUGAUCAGAAGGGAAACCAGUUCAUUAGCAUUUCACAAAACAUUCAUACAAUGAGCUUUGUUUUGUUAUGUCCACACCAUACCCUUCAUUGUAGUAAGUACUAGACACUAGAUUGAAUAUCCAUAAACAAUGCAUGUUCAAUUAUUUCGAUUCGAUCUAUAUAUUAAUACAGUCGGGGUAAUAACGAUCCCAGUAUUAAACAGGGAUAUACAAUGCAUUUUGCACUAAUGCCCUUGGAUCAAGUGUCCCAGUCAUUCAUGGUUAUGGGUACAUAGUGCCAAGCGAUAGGAAUAGCUGCUUAUAACGUGCACUUGUUUUUUAAAUAUAGUACAACACUGCUUUAACUUUUGCUUACCGGAUUGAAAUGUGUGUUUAUUUGAUGUAACAUACUUAUUUCAUAUGUACUAUGAAGUAUGAUAUUUUUAGUGUGCCUACCUGGAGAUAGCACUCCCAGAACCAGAAUGACACUGUUAUCUGUGUGUAGCUAUGUGUGGAAUUGUAUCUUUGUAUUAGGGAUAUAAUAAAUAUAUGCUAUAAAAUAUGUUUGUUUAUAAUCAGGAUGUUUAAUCUAAAUAGGUUGUAUUAUAGCCAGUGAAAGUCUCAUGUAAAUGAGAAAUAAAUAAUUAUUUUAUGUUUCAAAAAUGGAUAUGCCGUAUCACACCCUCCAACAUUUGAGAGAUGAAAAUAGGCACCUGUGUGGUAUUGAGAGAGCAAGCGAGUCAGUUUGGUAGUGGGUUGCUUCCAUGAGGGUCUGGCAACAUGCUCCUCUGAGAGAAUUUUGGAAAUGUUAACUUUAAAGUAUGCAAUUACCUGCAACCUGGAAUGCACAUUUUUACAUUUAGAUUCAACACAAAUCUGUAUGUUUCAUUAUGUCUUAGAAAAUCUCACUAACUAGUUCUAUCAUGCUGAAGAGCCUUCCUUGGCUUCUUAACCCUGUGCUCAGUUGCCCUGCCCUGGCCCACACUUCGUGUGUUUUUAAAGCAGGUGUUAUAAACUGACUUACUUGCAAAUGUAUCCUUCUAUAAUUAUAAGAACAUAUAUCUCUUACCCAAGUGCAGUAAACUAUGGCAACGAAUAAAUUAAUAGAUGUAUCUAUUAAACUUUAAGUUAGGGGUUCCCAAACUGUGGUCCACUGCCCAGAGGUCUACCGUGGGAGCAAUGACAGUCUAUGUAUUUUUUUCUAUCAAUAGCGAAAAGCAGGCACCAGCGUCUGUUGUAACUGUAGAAAAAUAAAGUGUAGCAAGACAGUAUUGGCAGAGUGUCAAUCAAAGAAGAAAUCCACAAAUCAAAGCUAACAGAUUGCCUACCUGUAGGCGGGAUGUAGAGCGAGAGCUCUGUCAGUGGGGCAGUGUUAAGGUCAUGUGACCACUGCUGGUAGAUGUAAAAAGUGUGUUCAGUAUUAAUAAAAUUACAAUAUGUCGAAUCUGCUACCAAAGAAUAAGUUUUGCAAAGUAUAAAGAACAAAAAAGGCAGCUGCAGCAGUUGAAUGCAUUUGUACCGUGCGUUUAGUUUUGAGGUGCUGGAAUGCUUUUUUUCUUUUGUAGAAAUGUUUUCAUACUAACUUUUGUGCUUAAUAACAUUCACAUAAAAACACAGUUGAUGCCUAUGAUGAAUACGUUUUGUGACUAUUUAGCUAUUAACAUUUAAAAUAUUGAGCACUUAGAUGUAUGUUUCACUAUUAUUAACUAAAUCAAGUUAUUAAUCAGACUGACUAAUCUUGUUACAUACUGUACUGAUUUAUUAUAAUGUUUGGAUAUACUGCUAUUUUAUU